AUGCAGGAUUUUUACGACAAUUGGGAUACGCAAGCUUUAUAUCAAAGCGAGGUCGACGAAUGCUACACCUGUGAUGAGCAAAGCCCUGUUCCAGAUGCAGGAAUAUUGUGUGGACCUACACUGCGGUUGAUCGGCGUAGACUACGAACAUAAUUUAUAUCGUGGUAGCAUGCUUUUGGUGUGUCGUAAAAUUGAUGCUCCUUCGGUUUCGUUUGUAGCCGGCCCCAGCAACGGUGAGCUUGCCAGUGGUAACAUGAACCAUGGACAUUUCAACAAAACGAUGUUUUACGUGGAAGAUGGCAUUGAAUUCUACAGAUACACAAUUCAAUUCCCAAUGGAGGACUACGAGCAACUCAUAAAAUACACUAUCAAUGGAGAGGACAAACCACACUACCGCUUUUACAUUCCUUCUCAGACUACCAACUUCAACACUAUUUCGCAUUCAUGCAAUGGGUUUUCUCUUAGUGUUGAUACCACCAAGUUUCACGGCUCAAUGUGGUUUGACAUUCUUAACAAACAUGCCAAGACCCACUAUCACGUCAUGCUUGGCGGCGGAGACCAAAUAUAUUCCGAUGGUGUAAACAUUUUCUGCAAAGGAUUCCAAGACUGGUUGAAGGAAAAAAACCCAGCGACCAAAUACCGGUCGCAUUUGACGUCCGAAUUGCGCACGGAGCUCGAUCAGUUUUAUUUGAAGGAAUAUCUCGAGUGGUACGGAUAUGGCUAUUGGAAAGGUAGUACUCCUAAAUCCAAGACUACUCAAAAAUGUUUCCCCAUUGCUAUGGCCACCAUUCCGUCAAUAAACAUCUGGGAUGACCAUGAUAUCAUUGAUGGCUUUGGCUCUUACUCGCAUUCUUUCCAAAUGAAUGAAGUGUUCAGGGGCCUUGGUAAAGCUGCUUACAAGUAUUACAUGUUGUUCCAACAUCAUGUGUCCAUUGAAGAAAAGGGGCCAUACCUGGAAGACCCAUCCUGGCUCCUGGGUCAUCAAGACGGUGACUACAUUGGCGAAAAAUCGCAUUCUGUUUUCACUAGAUUGGGCCCCAGUAACGCGAUGUUGGGUCUAGAUUGUAGAACUGAAAGAGAGCUAAAGCAGAUUGUGUCUUGGAAAACUUACGAUAUAAUUUUCAAGCGCUUGGAGAAAGAAGUGGCCAAACGCCCAAUUGACCAUUUGAUGGUCAUGCUGGGGGUUCCAAUUGCGUAUCCCAGAUUGGUUUGGUUAGAAUGGAUCUUUUCCUCCAGAUUUCUGGCUCCUUUAAAAUAUCUAGCCAGGAAAGGCGUGAUUGCACAUGGCCUUGUUAAUUCGUUCAACGGAGAUGUAGAGCUGCUAGAUGAUUUGAACGACCAUUGGUGCGCUCGUCACCACAAGAAAGAGAGAAACUAUCUUGUUGCUAAGCUCCAAGACUUCGGUGCCAAAUAUGGAACUCGUGUCACAAUUCUAUCCGGCGACGUGCAUUUGGCCUGUGUAGGCCGUUUCCGUUCAAAACUGCACUCUCACCAUGUGGGAGGGUCGAAGCAAGACGAAGUGAAAAAAGUUUUGAAUGAGCCGGAAAAGGACUUGAGGUUGAUGUUUAAUAUUAUCUCCAGCGCUGUGGUAAACACUCCGCCCCCAAACGGCAUGGCCGCUCUUUUGCAAAAAAGAUCUGGAGUUCAUCAUUUCGACCACGAAACUGACGAGGACGUGGUUCCUCUAUUUAAAACUGACGUCGACGGCUCACACAGAGCUCAUGGUUCCUUCAUGAACCGCAGAAAUUGGUCCGACCUCAUCCCCAUCGAAAACAUCUUGGCCCACGAUUAUCUCCGCAACCUGUACCAAAUUUCGGAAGGCGAUGCUUGUUUCUCCGGCUUAGUGACCAGUCAGGGUCUUGCGAAGCUCGAAGAAGAAGCCCCACACAGCGGUAAAGAGAAACAGGAUGUUACGUACCCUAUUACCGCAAAGGGGCUCAUUGCCACGAUUCACGCAGAAAAAGAUUCUUUGGCCAAGAAUUCUCAAACAGAGGCAUACGCCGUUGUUAUCCCUGAGCUACAGACAACUCAAAAUAACCUAUCCCAUACUGGCAUCAAGCACAUUAACAUGAGUGCCUGA